GACCAAUCGGAGUCCUCUGCUCUUUCCCCAUAGUAACGCGCGGACUCGCCUAGCAACACCAACAGCACUCCUAAAAGCGCAGCAGGGACGGUUAAAUUUGUUAAAUUAGUCUUACUCAGCUAACAUUGCUCUCUUUCAAAGCAGCGUCAGGAAACAUGCGUGAGUGUAUCUCCAUCCACGUUGGUCAGGCUGGUGUCCAGAUUGGCAAUGCCUGCUGGGAGCUUUACUGCCUGGAACAUGGGAUCCAGCCAGAUGGACAGAUGCCCAGUGACAAGACUUGUGGAGGAGGAGAUGAUUCCUUCAACACCUUCUUUAGUGAGACUGGAGCUGGAAAGCACGUCCCCAGAGCAAUUUUUGUGGACCUGGAGCCCACUGUUGUCGAUGAGGUGCGCACUGGGACCUACCGCCAGCUGUUCCACCCUGAGCAGCUGAUCACUGGCAAGGAGGAUGCUGCCAACAACUACGCCCGUGGACACUACACCAUCGGCAAAGAGAUCAUCGACCUGGUGCUUGACAGGAUCCGCAAACUGGCUGACCAGUGCACUGGCCUUCAGGGCUUUCUGGUUUUCCACAGCUUUGGAGGUGGGACCGGCUCGGGUUUCACCUCCCUGCUGAUGGAGCGUCUGUCUGUCGACUAUGGCAAGAAGUCCAAGCUGGAAUUCUCCAUCUACCCAGCUCCCCAGGUGUCCACCGCUGUGGUGGAGCCCUACAACGCUAUCCUGACAACCCACACCACCCUGGAGCACUCUGACUGUGCCUUCAUGGUGGACAACGAGGCCAUCUACGAUAUCUGCCGUAGGAACCUCGAUAUCGAGCGUCCUUCUUACACCAACCUGAACAGGUUGAUCAGUCAGAUUUUGUCCUCCGUCACUGCCUCCCUUCGUUUUGAUGGUGCCCUUAAUGUUGAUCUGACAGAGUUCCAGACCAACUUGGUGCCAUAUCCCCGUAUCCAUUUCCCUCUGGCCACCUAUGCCCCUGUCAUCUCUGCUGAGAAGGCUUACCAUGAGCAACUCUCAGUGUCAGAAAUCACCAACGCCUGCUUUGAACCAGCCAAUCAGUUUGUAAAAUGUGACCCUCGCCACGGUAAAUACAUGGCUUGCUGCCUUUUGUAUCGUGGGGAUGUGGUGCCCAAAGAUGUAAAUGCUGCCAUUGCCACCAUCAAGACCAAGCGCUCCAUCCAGUUUGUGGACUGGUGCCCCACUGGUUUCAAGGUGGGUAUCAACUACCAGCCGCCCACUGUAGUUCCUGGUGGAGACCUGGCCAAGGUCCAGAGGGCUGUGUGCAUGCUGAGCAACACCACUGCUAUUGCAGAGGCCUGGGCUCGGCUUGACCACAAAUUUGAUCUGAUGUAUGCUAAGCGUGCCUUUGUUCACUGGUAUGUGGGUGAAGGUAUGGAGGAGGGAGAGUUCUCUGAGGCCAGAGAGGACAUGGCAGCUCUAGAGAAGGAUUAUGAAGAGGUUGGAGUGGACUCUAUUGAGGGUGAGGGAGAGGAGGAAGGAGAGGAGUAGGGUCUACUUACUAAUAAGUAAAUCUAAAUUUAAAGUGUCCUUCCUGUACAAUAUACAGGAGCACAUUGUUUUGCAUUUGUUUUUAGAUGUGUACCCUUGUGUUUGAGCAAUAAAUGUGUCACUGUAGUUGUAAAAAGUAUAAUUUGCCUUUGUUUACUGGUAUGUGGGUGAGGGUAUGGAGGAGGGAGAGUUCUCUGAGGCCAGAGAGGACAUGGCAGCUCUGGAGAAGGAUUAUGAGAAGGUUGGAGCUGAUAGUUUUGGAGAUG